AUGGCGAUCGGUUUCGGUAUCGAAUCUGGUGGGAACGUGAAAAUUUCGGGUUGCAGGGACAUGGUUGAUGAGAUGAAGGCAUAUAAGUGUUUUAAGUUCUUUUCAAUUUGUAAUGUGGGGAAGAUUGUAUUAGUGGUAUUUGGUUGUAGGCUUACUGCUAACUUGAAGGAAUUGACUAUUGCAAACCAUUUUUACCAGCAAGGCUUGUUUGAUCUUGGAGAUAGCAUAUUAAACGAGGCUGGAGAACCAGAGGCAAUUGCAAUAAGAUCUCAAUUCUUUGAAAUGCAUCAGAUACUUAAAGUUAUGAGAAUUGGGAAUCUUGAGCCUACUCUGAAGUGGGCCUAUAUCAAUCGUGAGAAGCUCAAACAGAAUGGUUCAAAUAUUGAGCUUAAACUUCAUAGGCUACAGUUUGUGGAGAUUUUACACAGAGGAAGCCUAUCUGAUUCACUCAAUUAUGCCAGAGCUUACCUUACUCCCUUUGCUACCCUCCACACGGAGGAGAUCCAGAAAAAUAAAAAUUUUUAG